UAUCACUACAGACCCUAUACAUACUCUCUCUCACCCUCUAUCUCUCACAUGUAUACACACUGUCUUUCUCUCUAUACCUGUGACUAUCUCUCUGGUUUGGAACUUUCCCUUUAAAUAUCCCCCCUAACGGAAAAUUAAGUAGUAAGCUGCCUGCUACGGUCCGGUCAGGCUAUCUGACUUUUCGAGCACCAGUGAAUUUACGUGCAGUCGGACGGGUGCCUUGAGAUGAGAACGCUGUUGAUAUCACUCCUCUACCUCCUCAGCGGGGUGGAGGAGACCGUGGCCGUACCUGCCACGAGAGACUUUUAUAUCGCUGCGGUUGAGAUCGGUUGGGACUAUCUCUACUGGGGCAGCGCUGACCCAGCGUCGGAACAAAGGAGGAGGUCCAAGGAUCCCCCUCAGAAAUACAUAAAAGCUGUUUAUAGAGAAUACACAGAUUCCACAUAUUCAGUCCCCAAGCCUAUACCAACAUGGGCAGGUAUCCAGGGUCCGGUGAUCCAUGCCCAGGCCAAUGACAGGGUGGUGGUGCACUUUAAGAAUCUGGCGUCCCAGCCCUACAGUAUCAGCCCUGUUGGGGUCAGCUACUGGAAACAGUCUGAGGGGGCCGGAUACGAUGACGCCACGUCUAGCCAGGAGAAGGAGGAUGAUGCGGUUGCUCCAGGAGGAUACUACAAGUACGUCUGGGACAUCAACCCUAAAGACGGUCCGACCGUGGGAGACCCAGAGUGCCUCACCUACUCCUACUCCUCCCAGGUGGACACUGUACAGGACUUCAACUCCGGGCUCAUCGGGGCUCUGCUCAUCUGCAAAUCAACUGCAUUUACAGAUAAUGGAGUUCGGAAAAGCAGAGAGUUUAUUCUGCUCUUUGCUGUUUUCGAUGAGAGUAAGAGCUGGUACGGAGAGGUGGGGAGUUUCCGGGAAAGAUUUAAGAAGGCCAGCGCAAGAAAUCAGUAUCACACUAUCAAUGGAUACAUCAACUCAACUUUACCAGGUCUGACGAUGUGCCAGGGACGAGAUCAUGUGUUCUGGCAUCUCAUUGGAAUGGAAACGUCUCCAGAGAUCCACUCCAUACAGUUCCAGGAUCACACUCUACAGGUGAUGGCCCACCGUAAGGUUACUGUGGAGAUGACCCCUAUGACCUUCACCACGGCGGAGAUGAAGCCCAGCACUCAGGGGAAGUUCCUCAUCAGCUGUCAGAUCCAAGAACACCGCCACGCGGGUAUGAGUGCAGUCUUUAAGGUGGAGGACUGCCCAGAGCCUGUGACGGUGCCCGGUCCUGACGUGCGUCGGGUCCAGCAGUCUGAGGAUGAGGUGGACUAUGAAUAUGGAGAUGACAUGUUUGAGACCUUCGUGUUUAAGCCUGUGAAAGGUCAGGCUGUGGGGCGCUCCCGAGGGGUGGAGAACAAAGUCUGGGUCCAUUACAUCGCUGCUGAGGAAAUCAUCUGGGAUUACGCACCCCACCUCAGCCAGGAAGACAGUCAACUGUUAUCAGAAUACUUCCCCAGGAGUCCUCAUCAGCUGGGUCAUGAGUAUAAGAAGGUGGUGUAUGUAGAAUACACUGACCAGACCUUCACCAAGAGGAAAUCACCUGUUAAAAGACUGCUGGGACCACUGCUCAGAGGACAGGUGGACGAACACUUCCAGAUAGUGUUCAAGAACCUGGCAAGUCGUCCUUUCAACAUGUAUCCAAACGGCCUCACCAGUAUUUCUCCACUGAGGAAAGUAGGGAACGAGGGUGAAAAGGACCUUCGCUCCCUGGCUGUACCCCCCAACGGGACAUAUGGGUACGUGUGGAAACUAACAGCAGAGGACGGGCCCCUGGAGGGAGACCCCCAGUGUCUGACCCGUCUGUACCAGAGUACCGUCAACCCUGAGAGAGACCUGGCCACCGGCCUCGUAGGACCCCUCCUCAUCUGCAAGAAGGACUCCAUGGACACCAGGGGACGGCUGGUGGGCCCAGAUAAAGUGAAGCAGUUGAUGUUUGCUGUGUUUGAUGAGAACAAGAGUUGGUACAUCAAUGACAACAUUCAGAAGUACAGCAAAGACCCCUCCAUGAUCAACCCUACAGACCCUGACUUCUACAACUCCAAUGUCAUCUACAAUGUGAACGGCAUAAUGUUCAACGGGCAGAGGAUCCAGGUGUGUAAGGAUGACGUGAUCUUCUGGCACCUGGCCAACGUGGGGACGCAGAGCAACUUCCUGUCUGUCUACUUCACAGGAAACCCCUUCAUGAGGGACAAUGUGUAUGAGUCCGUCCUCACACUCUUCCCAAUGUCCGGGGAGACUGUUACCAUGGAGACCGAGCUAAUCGGUGAGUGGGAGAUCAGUGCGUUCGACAGCAGCCUGAAAAGCCGUGGCAUGAGCACCCGCUACUCCGUCCUGUCUUGUAACAUUGAACUGCUGGUGGACAGCGAGGACCUAGAGUACGACCUGGAGGACUUCCUGCCUGAUUACGUCGACCAGUUCUUCAAACCCAGAUCCCUCCGCCCCCAGCUACAGAACAGGACCGUAGCCGUCAGAGUCUGCAGGAAGCAACCCAGCUUAAACCAGAACACAACAACACCAAAAACAGGAAAUUACACAGAUAACGAAGUCGCCAUCGGAGAAUCAGGGGACCACGGGUCUAAUAACAAUGUCACAUUUAAGGCAGGGGACCAGAGGUCAAUCUGUGAGGUCAGGUAUGUGACAGUGUCGUCUGCUGACGAGGAGGCCAACCUACUAACCCAGGGAGGGAUCCCCACAGAUGUUCUGGAGCAACUGGAGAAAGAUGGGGAGUGGAAGGCUUCAGAGACCCAGGAGGGAGGGGGCCUGGUUGGGGAGCAGGGGGAGGGGAGACAGAGACGCCAGGCCGGUGGAGAAGGAGGAGAGGAUGGGGAGGAGGAGGUAGAGGAGGGAGGUCUGGGCAGGGAGCAGGGGGGGAACGAGAGACAGAGACGCCAGGCCGGUUUGGAGGGUGGAGAGAAUGGAGAGAGCAACAAGCUGGUGGAGAACUGUGAGGAGGAGGUGCUGAAGGAGUGGAAGGGUCGGGUGUAUGGGGAGGCGCUGGAGCAGGAGCAGAGAGAGGAACAGAAGGUGGAGGUGUUGGAUCAGCAGGAGGAACAGGGGGAGGGGUUCUUGAAGAUGCAGGAGCAGAGGGAGGGGCAAAAGGGGGAGCUGGAUGGAGAUCCACAUCCCCUAAGCACAGGCCCUCUACUCUUGGAGUUAGAUGGAUGGAGGGAUCUAGACCCCCUGAACAUCACUUUGAAAGUUCUCCCGGAUCCACUGAAGGUGCAGCAGCAGAGGGAGGAGCAGAAAGCUGGGGAGCUGCAUCCCCUAAGCAACAACACUCACACUGAUCCAGACACACCUCUACUGGAUUUGUUGGAUCUAGACUUCUCCAAUGUCUCCAAGGACAACGAGACGGCUCCCAGGAACGCAGUGUCUCUGGAGUAUGAUGACUAUAGUGAGGAGAACACUGGGACGGCCUACAUGGGGACAAAGGACAACCUGGACCUGAGGACCACAGAUGGACAUUACCGCAGCUACUACAUCGCUGCACAGGAGAUUGAAUGGGACUAUGGAAUCAGGAAACCACAUCAGCUCAUAAAAACAAGAGAGCAGCGUAGGGGAAUGAGGAAGUUCCUGACGAAAUAUAAGAAGGUGGUAUACAGGGCCUACAGCGAGAGUGACUUCCAGAUCCCCGUCACCAGAGGAGAGCUGCAGGAGCAUCUGGGACUCAUGGGUCCUAUCAUUAAAGCUGAGGUCAACGACCUCCUUACCGUGACGUUCAAGAACAUGGCGUCCAGGCCGUACUCCCUGCACCUCCAUGGGGUGUAUGAUAAGAGCCAGGGUGAUGGUUGGACCCAGACCCAGUGGGGGUCCUCCGGGGCCGGGGUGGCGGGGGUCCCUGGGGAGGCGGUCCAGCCUGGGGAGGUCAGGGUCUACACCUGGAGGAUCACCAGGAAGCAGGGGCCCACCGCUGCAGAGUUUGACUGUAAGGCCGGGGCCUACUACUCUACACAGAAUAAGGAGAAGGACCUCCACUCUGGUCUGAUUGGCCCCUUAGUAAUCUGUAAGCCAGGCACCAUCCACCCCCAACUGAACCUACAGCCCAACGUACAGGAGUACGCCCUCCUCUUCCACACCUUCGACGAGACCAAGAGCUGGUACCUGGACGAGAACAUCCGUCAGUACUGCACCCCGCCCUGCCAGGCCCGGAGAGAUGACCCCUGGUUUCAGCUCAGCAACAAGUUCGCAGCGAUAAACGGCUACGUGGCAGAGACACUACCUGGUCUGACGGUUGCCCAGUACCAGCAAGUCAGGUGGCACCUGCUGAACGUCGGGGGUAACGGGGAGUAUCACGCCGCCCACUUCCACGGUCUGCCCUUCAGCAUUCACAAGGCGCAGGAGCAUCGCAUGGGGGUGUACAACCUCUAUCCUGGUGUGUUUGGCACAGUGGAGAUGUGGCCGACCACGGUGGGGACCUGGAUGGUGGAGUGUAUUGUAGGAGAGCACCAGCUGGCCGGCAUGAGGGCUAAACUACUGGUCUACAACCCACGAUGCAUCCAGCCUCUGGGGUUGAGGUCGGGAAGAAUAGACGAUACCCAGAUCACGGCAUCAGACCACAUAGGUAACUGGGAGGCCAGGCUGGCGAGGCUGGAGCUAUCUGGUUCUGUCAACGCCUGGAUGGGCACGAAUCAGAAAUCAUGGAUCCAGGUGGACCUCCAGAGACCCACCCUGCUCCAUGGGAUCCAGACCCAGGGUGCCAGAGCCUCUCUGGGCCUGAAGGACUACUUCAUCAUGCACUUCACCCUCUCCUACAGUCUAGACCAGGAGACCUGGAGUAGCUACAGGGGGAACAGCACCAAGCCCGCCUACAUAUUUAACGGUAACCUGGAUGGCUCCAAGGUGAAGGAGAACCAUCUGUCUCCCCCCAUCCUGGGGCGCUACAUCAGACUGCAGCCUGUCACCAUCCAGAGGAACCCUGCUCUCCGCAUGGAGCUGCUGGGCUGUGACCUCAACAGCUGCUCCUUCCCCCUGGGUCUCCAGAGGAGGUUGGUCCCAGACAGCAGCUUCAGAGCCUCCUCCUUCCUGCAGACCUGGAGGCUCUCCUGGAGCCCCGCCCUCGCACGCCUCCACCAGGACGGCAGCGCCAACGCAUGGCGCCCCAAGGCCAAUAACCCCCAUGAGUGGCUGCAGGUGGACUUCCUGGUUAUGAAACGCAUCACAGGGGUUGUGACUCAGGGGGCGCGGUCUAUUCUGACUCAAAUGAUGGUGACAGAGUUCUCCGUAACCAUUAGCGACGAAGGCCACUCCUGGUCCAACGUGGUUGACGAGGGAUCACAAAGAGAGAAGAUCUUCUUGGGGAACAGUGAGCCAGAUGAAGAGAUGCUGAACCUCUUUGAUCCUCCUCUGUUCGCCCGCUUCAUACGGAUCCACCCCAGAGGCUGGGUCAACGACAUAGCCCUGCGCCUGGAGUUCAUGGGCUGUGACACCCAGCAGCGCCUCUGAGACACUGAGAGACAGGGCAGGGGGCCCCACUGUGCAGCUCCACACUCAGGCCCACCUCAUCAUCAUCUCUUCCCUAGGGAAGAACAUAGCAGUGACGUGAUGAUCAUGAAAUAGUCAUGUCAUUGAUGGAUGAACAGAGUGAGUGAAUCUAGGUAAAAGGUUUGUUUAGCUAGGGUCAGAGUCAUAUAUGGUAUUAUUUAUAUGUUGUAGUAACUGUCUAUUGAUGAGCUUCAGCUGAGAAUGGCUCUUAGGUCUGGUUACGCCACUAUCAACACAUUACGGCAGUUUAUGAAGAUUGACACUCACAGACAGUUUGUUUGUCUCAUUUACAAUGUAUACUACUACUAGUAACACUAUGACUUCUGACAUUCCAGCUGUGAUCAACCACAUGUAAAUAGUACAAUAUAAUUAUUAUUUUCUGUCUAGAUGGAUAUAUGCACCGUAUACAGUACAGUACUUUACAUGCAAUGUAUCAUAUGCACUGAGGGGAGAGGGAUAGAGUUUAUAUUGUUAAAUAAACAGAGGUCAGUGUU